AUGUGGCAACUGCCACUAGACGGGUUUGAUGUCCCGAAGAGGCCUCAUUCUGGACUAUCAUUUCUCGAUCUCCCUUCUAGCGUUCGUCGUCAUGUUUACGAUGCAGCAGGCCUUCUGACAGGCUACACCGUCGAUUUGUCGUUCCCGGGACGGCACAGACUUCCAGAGUCUUCAGACGCAUCUGACGACGAUGAGUCGAUGGACUCGGUGUCAUACGAUUGGGGAGACAGUGACAAUGGAGUUUCCUCCUCAGUGUGUUGUGGCCUUACUUACAACCUCCUGCAAACGUGCCGCGCUAUUUACAAUGAUAUCAUCCCCAUUAUUUACUCCUCGAACACCUUUGUCAUUCGACGCUGUGCUCUUGGAGGCCUCGGUCCACUCCAAAAUCUCAGUCCAAAUAGCAUAGCAUCUCUGACUCAUCUUGUUCUCUAUCUGAAGCCAUCCUUCGAUGAUAAUGGGCAUGGAUGCUGCAAUUCUCGUACUUCUGUCAGGGAACCAUUUGGGAGCAUGUCCAGCGCAGAUACCGCCACCAUCGAAAUAUGGCAACAAGCAGCUACUCGAUUGGCCUCAUAUGUCCAGCCGCACCGUCUGCGUCUCAGGGCUACAUGUGAUACACAAGACUACAAUACUGCCGAACAAAUUGUUGCGCCUUUUAGACAAUUUCCUCGGCUCAAAUCUUGCCAUAUCAGACUCGGUCCUCGCCCUGAUGCUGUAUUGCGUCGACUUGCAGAAGAAACGGCCAUGUACUCUACCACUGGCGUCACAACUAACCGCUUUUCUUCUCCUUUCCCCUUCCGCUCCCUUCCAGCAGAACUACAGAUCAAAGUUCUGAGUUUUUCAGAUCUCAUUGCGCCUUGUGAGAUAGUGUGGAGUCCCGGCCGUGGCUUCGAGCUCCUGUGGCCUCAACGCGCGUGUGGUCGCUUCUUAGGAUGCUACUGCCGCCGCUAUCACGCCGCCUUCUCCCCGACAUGCAAGUGCUGGGAACCACCCUCUGCGCUGUUCCUCGUGAACCAUGCUGUACGGAAUGUUGCACUGGAGGUCUUCUAUUCACGGAACAGAUUCAUUGUCAUGCCGCGCCAUGGAUUACAGCCAGUCCACUCAACCCCGCCGCAGGUGGAGGCAUCGCUGUUUUUGAAGAAUUUUAUGCCGACGUCAGCAAUAUUCCAUCUUCGAUCUCUUGAAAUCGUCUUUCCGCCCUCUGAGGAUGGUUAUCUUCAUUCGGACUCAUGGGGCUACCAGGACUGGCUGUCCACUCUGUCACACCUUGCUCGACAUGGGAAUCUCGCUAGACUGACGCUUAUGAUCCGCAUGCCGGAGAUCAUCCUCUACGGCUUUCCCCCGUUGCUUCGAAUUCAGAUAAAUAUGGUUUUGAGGAUGUAUAUUCGGGUUCUGAGACCAUUGGAAGGGCUGACGGGGUUGGAGGACCUUUACAUUGCCUUAGGGUACCCUAUGAUAUGCGGAGAGAACGUGGGCGAACCCGAGCGUCAACGUAGGUUGAAUUAUAUCACGACCAUUGAAAAAUAUCUCGAGCAGAUGGUCAUGGGAGGAUCAUAUGACAGUAGGGCUAGGGGAAAGGAUCGGUGGCUGAGUCGCAUACCCACGGAGGAGUUUCGUCGCUUAACAACCUACGAGGACUCCAGUGAAGAUGACUUCUGA